AUGCCCGGCCAGAGUUUACCGCAUUUCACCAAAGGAGAAGUGGUGAAGGGUUUUGGACGAGGCUCCAAAGAUCUGGGCAUUCCGACUGCCAAUUUUCCGCAGGACGUCGUCAAUAAUCUGCCCGAUGGUUUGGAUACGGGCGUUUAUUACGGAUUUGGGCAAGUCGAUGGUGGCCAAGUCCAUGGCAUGGUGAUGAGCAUCGGCUGGAAUCCGUUUUACAAAAACUCCAAAAAAUCGAUGGAAACGCACUUAAUGCACAAGUUUGAGAGCGAUUUUUAUGGAAAGGAACUGCGAGUCGUCAUUCUGGGCUAUCUCAGGCCGGAACAGAACUUCCCCGGACUGGACGCCCUCAUUGCGGCCAUCGACGAUGACAUCAAGCAAGCCAGAACCAGGUUGGAGAUGCCAGACUUGGCAGGAUUCAGGACUAAUGAGUUCUUCAAAUUGCAGCCCCAUUAGUUGAUUGUGGAGCAAUAAUUAAAAAAUUACAACUUGA